UAUAUAUAUAUAUAUAUAUAUAUAUACACAAUAAAACUGAUAUAUACUGUACUUUCAAUGGCGACCUCCAACAAAGCCACUGCUAAAACAGGAAAAAGGGAUGCGAGACCGAAAACGCCACCAGAGAAAAGGUCAAAAGCCUCUGAUGAAUCCCCCCCUGUUUCCGAGGAACAACCGAAAAGCCCCACAUUGAAAGGGGAUGAUAUCCAAGCCCUUGCAAUCAAGGUGGAGGACCUAGAAAAGCUUCACAUUCCCCACCCGCCUAAAGAUAGCCAGAAGUUAGCUGCUGUCACUAGGCUCCUUGUUCGCAAGAUCAAGCCUAAGGAGGAUGAGAGGAGGAAGAUCCACCUGGUUGUGGCCAGACCUGCCCCUGCUGAUGCAGCCGUCCAACCAGUCAGCUACGCAAGACGUAGCGGCUCUCGCUUUGAGGCCAACGGAAAGAUCCUUCCACACAGCAUCCUUGGAAGCCUGGCAGACUUUAAGAAAGAAGUAGUGUCCAGAGGCGAUACUGAGUUGGCAGAGCUGAUCCCAGACCCCCCUGAUCCAAGGAGCAGGGUGCUGACUGUAGGGGCUUAUGGGAAGCAGAGUAAAGCCCUAGCCAGAGGACAGCCAAACAUCUCUAUUAGCCAGACACACGCCCUGCAAAACUGGCAGCAGCACAUGGCAGAAAGGAAAAGGCAACAGGGUUUCAUCUCCAGUCAGCUCCAAAAGCCAGUGGAGAAGCUGGUAAUGAACGAAUCAGACAACUUUCGACAAACACAAGAGCAGCGACACAUCAUCGACCACAGCCUCCCAGCACUGCAUUACAGGAAGGGUUAUCGUGGGGGCAGUGAGUUCUGGAACCAGCCCCAGCGCAUUGGGGAUGAGCUGACUGGCCUCACCAUUACCCUGACCCAGACUGAGCAAGGAUACCCUGAACCUGUUACCCACAUUGGGCAGCCCCGCAGCAUCCGCCUCGAGACAGGCACCAUCCUUCCUGAGAAUAUGGACCCCAGUCGCCGCCUCUGGGACAAAAGCCUGUACCUCCUGCAACGUCGAGAGGAACUCAAAUCUGUCCUAAAGGAUCUGGACUUUAACCAGCCAGAUAUAGAGGGUCUGGAAGUCAUUGGAACUGGGCAGCCAUUCACUUCUGUCUCUGUGGAGCAUUACCUUAUUGAAGAGGAUAAGGAAAGUGGAAUGGACGAGAAAGAAAAUCACGACCCUUUGGAGGAGUACCCUGAUGUGAUGAUGGAGGCCACCCUUGUUCCAUCCAUUAAUUUCUGUGGGCAGCCUGCCCAAUGGAUAGGCACCACCGACUCACAUAAGGGGGAGGUUGGGAUUGCUGCUCGACUCACAUUUGAAGCUUUUGUGGAUGACAGAGCCACGUCCCAUUUGGAUGUGACCAACGACGGGAGUACAGCAGUUUACUACAGCUGGAAGAGACUACCCCAUCCUCCGAGCUUCAAGGAGAUACAGAGGGAGCGCCACAUGCAGAGGUUUUACUUCAACACCAGUGGAGGAGUGAUUCUGCCUGGAGACGUGCAGAGAUUCCUCUUCACGUUCAAGUCUGGCAUCGCUGGUAUUUUCAGCGAGUCGUGGGAGCUGUGCACUCACCCAGUGUUACUGGGGGGAGCCUCUAUGGAGGUGACAUUGAGGGGAGUCGCCAUUUAUGAGGACAAACUGGUGGAAGUAAGGCAGUCUAUACAGAGAAAGCUGGAGGCUAAGAAGGCCUUGGCAACUGUAAAACAGAUAGUGGAAAGGUUGGUGGCGGGAGUGCGGACCCCUGAACGCCCAUGCUCCCCUGUAGACUCCUACAUCACACAGGAGGAGAUCUUCCAGAGGAGGAACCUGACGCUUUACUAUGAGCAUUCGACAGUGGAAAGUCUCAAACAACUGUGGAAUCAAUAUCUGGGGUCCCCUGCUGAGCCACUUACUGGCGAGACACUGACUGCGAAGAGAGUAACACCUACAGAGUCACAACUAGAUAAUAUAGAUACCUCAGCAGACUCUGAUAGACCAGUAUGGGACCUUUCAAUCUCCAGCUUAAGGGAGUCGGUCCUCUCACUGCCAGAAGAGGAUGAGGAGGGCAGAAUGUGCAGAGAGGAAGCUCUUUCCAUGUUUAACAGUCAUUUUCUGAAGCUCUGUAGCAAUCAGUAUCAGCCACAGCGGGACCUACUCUACCAAAUAGGUCUGCAGCUGUGGCGGGAGACAGUGGACAGGAUGGUCAGUCACUCCAUGCUGCUGAGGAGCAUCCUGGGAAUGCCUGAGAAGGAAGUCAUGGGGGAGUAUCAUCAGGAGUCUUCCGUAGCAGUUUACAGUCGAGACAUGGAGCUAUUGUUUGGAUACAAUACAGAGGAUCAAGUUGGAAAAGAGAAGAAAGAAGAAAAGGUGGAUAAAAAGGGGGAUGAGAAAAAAAGUGGGAAGGAAGAUAAGAAAGGAACAGCUAAGCAAUCUGGGAAGGACAAACUCACAGAGGAACGUCCAGCUAGCAAAAAAGGAAAGGUGAAGGAGGAAAAGAAAACGGGGAAAUCACCAGUCCCAGUUAUCAAGUUGACAUCUUCUAGUGAGAGUUUCGAAAGCGAGCCGCCAGUAUCCCACCAGGAGCCAGAGGAUCCUGUCUUGCAGGACAAGUACCGCAAAAAGCUUGCCAUUGAGGUUUUUGAAUUGUUAUCUUCCAUGGUGGAAAACAUGAGCGAGCUGUUUGAAGAGGCAAAACGAAGUAAAAACGCCCUGAAAGGAGCAAGCUUUGAGAUCUAACCCAGCUUUCAGACAAUCGCUUUUUCAAACAUGUAUUGUGUUGUGUACUUAAUAAAAAAUAUUUUGCUAAGUAAUACCUUUGUUUUAAAAUAAACAAAACCAAAAAAAUGUAAUCAGAUUUAAUAGAAUUCAGUUUGUCAUCAAGUUAGAAAACCCUGUCCUUAAAGUAUUGAUUAAUCAGUUAAUGAAUUAAAAAUUUAGAUUAACCUCCUGUUCAAUUAACCUGCUGAUUUAUACAAGUUCAAAUGUAUAGCUGUAGGGGAAUUGAAGACAUGAACUUUGUAAACUAAGGCAUCAACCAGGUCAGCAGUGCAAGCAUUUCAUCACUUGUGCCAGUUAGUGCCAGCUUCUGAUCCUUGUACUUUGUGUGAUCUGGGUCCAGCAACUUGCUGCACCUCUAGGCUGUGUUCUGACCCUAGACUAACAAUUAGAGCAGAAAAACAGAAUGUAGAACUAGGACAACUUUACACCUAUACCUAACAGACAGAACUUGGGCUUCACAAAGCUACGUUUAUAACUGAGUGACAUAGAAAUACAAAAAAACUUUCAACAUGUGAUUAGCACAAGCUGUCCUAUUAUACCCGUCCAUCUGGUCUUGGGCGGAUCUAAUAGAUAUAUGCUGGUAUUCUAGAUCCCAGUAUUUUUUAACAAUAUGUUUUGUGUUAGAAAAUGACGGUGUUAAUAAUUUGGGAGAAGACAGCUCUCGAUGGAACUUUACAGUCGGAUUGUUAGUGUUACUCAGUUUAUGGACAGGGAUUGAAAAAAAAUAUAUAAAAAAGUCUGCCAUAACACUGUCGAUAGAAUGUAAGGUCACUCCUGGGAGCCAGAAACACAUCAGUUUGAAGUCAGGUUCAGAAGCAGAGCCAGUUUCUCGAGUCAACAUUUGAUUGUGAAACAUCAGUAUACUCUUGGAUAUGGAAGCACCUGCCAGCCGAGUGCAUACUAUCAUCCCUAUUUCAAAGCUUUAUCAAAUUAUUGAGCCGCAUAUUGUCUACAUUUCUGAUACCGGUCCAAACCCUGUAUGUUCUUCAGAUGUUGUUGUAUGCCUGAGCUCAGAUUCUAUGCUCAAAUACAGAGACGGUGCUACAAAGUCAUGACCCUGUGCUGCAGUGUUUGUUUAUAGUUUGGCAUUUCUCAGUUGCAAAAUAUUACACACCCUAUUUAUGUGGGUGUCUUUAUAUAUAUAUAUAUAUAUAUAUAUAUAUAUAUAUAUAUAUAUAUAUAUAUAUAUAUAUAUAUAUAUAUAAUGUUCCUUGGUUUUGUUUCACCACUCCUUGGUCUACCACCAGCAAUCACACCAGGAGGGCUGCCUCCUAUAAGCCAUCUGUUCAUUAAUAUUAUUUCAAUAAUUUUAUACAACUGUAUGAGAACAAGAGCAUUCCCACUGAGUGCAUAAACUGCAGCAAACAAUAAAGCCUCUGCUGCUGGAAUUCCAGUAAAAAGUGUCUUCCCUUCUUCCUGGUGUGACAAGACCCUGCCUCUCAGUUCAAAUAGCAUAGUGCACUUCACCCCUUUCCCAAACCCUUAGCGACACAAAUAACAUAGUGCACUACACUCCUUUCCCAAACCCUUAGCGACACAAAUAACAUAGUGCACUACACCCCUUUCCCAAACCCUUAGCGACACAAAUAACCCAGUGCACUUCACCCCUUGCCCAAACCCUUAGCGACACAAAUAACAUAGAGCACUACACCCCUUGCCCAAACCCUUAGCGAUACAAAUAACAUAGUGCACUUCACUCCUUUCCCAAACCCUUAGAGACACAAAACUAGGACAGCUUAAAAACUCUGCCCACGCUUGAGGCUUUUUUUUUUUUUUUUCACUGUACACAUUACCAUUCCCAGUGGGUAAAAUCCACGUACCAGCUGUGACGUGCUUUAAUUCAGUUUCUGUGACUGCAGUAAUACCUGCUCUUUCUGUCAUUUGCUCUGUUACUGUAGGAUGCCAGCCAGUUGUAGAUUGAAAUAUCCACAUUUCAAAUAAAACCAC